CGCCAGUCGCGCCGCGCGCACCGAGGUCUCCGCUACUCUCCCACGUGUGAGGCGAACUUUCCGCGUCCGCAGCCGCCCUUAUCAAAACAUUCCCGCAUUGGGAUCGAUCUGCACGUCUCUACGCUACUGAUGAUAACAUUCGACCCCCCCGAGUGACGUUGCGACUGUAGUGUCCUGUUUAUACUGUGUUGUGACUUAUGUUUUGUGUUCAUCAGUUAUCGGAUUAUUGUUUACAAAAUUUGUUUUAAUUUGUCGCACUCCGGAAAUAAUAACCUCGCGUCGCCUGCGCACGCCGACGUCCGUCUGCUCCAUGAGCAUUCCUGGUAUGAGAGCAGGGUGUGUAGUACGCGCGCGAUGGAUGCGUGAUCGGUCAUCAUGCGCCUCUUCCGCGGGCCGAAGCGCAGGGAAGUGACCGGGCCGCAGGCCGCGCCGUCGCCGCGCGGGGAGCUCGCCGCGCACACCCCACACAACUACACGCUCGUGACAGCGCUCCCCGCCAUGGUCAUGGAGGACGAUGUCAACGACAUGAAAAAAGUGUUUGCUACGUGGGGUCGUCGCAUGGGCAAGAAACUAGAUAUGUUAAAAAAGACGGAGACGAAAGAAUCACCCGAAGGACCAGUCAAAAACGAAAGUGAUGAUUCUUCGAUGAUUAUUACCGGGCAGUAUAAAAAGAAACAAAAUUGGAAAAUGGGAAGGAGCAGCUCUGAUUCAACAUCCUUAAGAAAAGAUAAUGAUACCGAUUCCAUUCGGAGUGGAUCAAGAGAUAGAUCCCCAAGUCCCUUUAAAACGUUUUUUCAUAGAAUGGGUUCAACUGGUAUGUUAAAUUCCUCAAAAACUCAGUCUCUACACACAGCAAAACCCUCUGAUAACUAUCCUAUAUCGAAUGGACAAUCGCUUUAUCGUAGUUGCUCUACAUCACAUUUAUCGACGUAUGUCAAAGCGGAUGAUCCUUCUGAUGAUAUAGAUUUUCAAAAUACUAAUACUGAAAAUAAGACAUCUCCCAAACAAAAACAAAAAGCUAACCUAUCGCCAGACGAAAGCUUAGGAAAUACAUCGACAAAAGCAAUAAGUUGUGAUAACAUACCAAACAAAUUAGAUAGCCAGCAAAGUACAGGAACAUGUAAAAAACCAAAUUUUCCUUACGCUUUUUUGCGAUCUAAAUUAUCAGUCUUGCCGGAAGAACACAGUAUGGCAGCACAGCAUAGGUCCGUAUCAGUACGACAAAGUUUCUCCGAAAGAAUAGAUCGCAGAUCUCCUAAAUUUCGAAGAGAAAGAAUGUAUUUACCUAAUACUCGGUCAGAAGAGCGAUAUCAAAGCAGUGAUAACAUAUCCGUCCACGAAGAAAACAUACUUAUGAGUGCGAGUGUCAGAAAUAACUGCGAUUUUUCGAGAAGUUCAAUCAGAAGUAUUAACGAGCCUGACAAUGUAUAUCAACCUCGUCGAUUAGAGGAUGUACCUCGAAGAUCUUCGAUGAUAUCUCAAACGGCGCCGUUUGAUUACGACCCAAUGUUGAUCCCCAGAAAUAGAAACAGUUUGCCAGUUUACGAAUAUAAUUCAAUUUUAGGAUCUGCACAGGAUCUUAAAACUGAUCUAGCAUCUUCUAAUCAAAGCAUACAUCUAGAAGUACUACAGGCUCAUAGGUUAAGCAACUACGUAAGCUCGAAUGAGUCUGGAUAUGAUAGUGAUGGUAGACCAACGGAUGAGCACAGUAAUCAUUCACCCCCAGGAUAUUCUUGUAAUUCGCAAGGUGUAUCCAACAGUAAUGGAGAUCCCAAUCACAGUAAUUUUUCACGACAGUUAAGUCUUAAUCAUAAAAUAAACGUCAGUAGAGUUAAUGUGCCUGUUAGAAGAAGCUCUACUCCUUGUGCUCUAUUUCCAGUUGAAAAAAAUACAUCCUAUGAAUAUGAAAAUCAAAAUAGAGAUAUUAAUAAAUACAAAAAUAACGACACAAAUCAUCUAAUAACGUUAGACUACAAUGAUGCAAAACCUCCGCCAUUACCAAAGAAAACUAUCAAUAAAAAACCACCAUAUAUUUACAAAACAAUAACUUUAGAUGAACGUGUACAAACAAGAAAAAUAAAAUUAUUACAGUCUCAGUUAGUUCCAGUAGAUCACUCAUCGACACCAAAUCUCAGUGAAAAUUUAAUAAGUACAUCGGAAGAAGUGGUUAAUGUGCAACAAAUUCAAGAAACAGAUAUACUCGGCAGAGGACCAUGUACGAAACGGUUUCGGAAAAUAAGAUUAUUGAAAUCAAGACUAGACGAAAGCCUGGGAGUCUACUUAGCGCAACACAGAGUAGAUUUUGAUAGUGGAGGAAAUAAUUAUGAAAUUCGCUAUAUUGUUGUUAAACUUGAUUUUGAUGGUAUAGCUCAUAGAGACGGAAGACUUCGAAUAGGUGAUGAAAUAGUUAAUGUAAAUGGAAAAGUUUUAAGAGGAUUAUCUUCUCUGGGAGAUGUACAGCAUAUAGUUAAUUCUUGUUCUACUGAAGCAACUAUUGAGGAGGGCGCGCUAUUUCACAGAUAUCAGGUCGAUUUAGUAAUGGCACAUGAUGAAAUUUCACCAAUCACAUUGAGUCGAAUCAUUAAUAAUCAACAUUGCGAGACGAAUUCCAUGCAUUCCAUGUCAAGUAUACCACCUGACAUUAUAUCGCAAACGGUGCACAAACCAUCUUCCAGCCAGAUAAUCAUUGAAACUCAUUUUCCAAGUGAAGAUCAAUACGGGCGUAACGCAAAUAGCUUUAACAGACAUUCCAAUGAUAAAUCUGAUUUAAAUAAUAAAAAAUGCGAAGUUGGAGUUCAAGUAAACAAUAGUCUAUUGUUGUCAAAUCAAAAAAGUGACGACGAAAAAUUACUAGAGCGAAACUGCUACACGCAAUCUCAUUCAUCUCUACAAAAUAUCACAAAUAUAGAAAUUUCAAUGAGGUCGUCUCCUUCGCCGAGGCAUUCUAAUAGUAAUAACUACAGACCCAUAUCACUCCAUAAUUCACGUCCGCAACCGAUGCUUGGAUUACCAAUUUGUAAUGACAAUACAACAAAUGAAAUCAAAGAAAACACUUCACAUUACAUUAAAAAUGCCCAGAGGAUGUACCAAAAUAGAUCUUUUGAAAGUAUACCAGAACAACUGAGGAGCAGCAGCCGAAGCAGAUUUUUCAAUAGAGUUGGAUCUCAAAGAUGCACUCCUAACUAUUCCCAUAUGUCACGCCAACAAGACUAUAAUAAUCAUCAAGAUAGUAUUAAUUAUGCACAUAACACCGUACACAGAGCUGAGUUUUGGAAAGGUCCAGGUCAUAAAAGUCUUGGAUUCAGCAUCGUAGGCGGUACCGAUUCACCGAAAGGACAAAUGGGAAUAUUCGUUAAGACAGUCUUUCCAAAUGGUCAAGCAGCUGAUAAGGGAACUAUCUAUGAAGGUGACGAGAUUUUAUCAGUAAACAACGUUCCAACGCGUGGGCUAAGUCACGCUGGUGCAAUAUCGUUGUUUAAACAAGUAAAAGAAGGAAAAAUAGAAUUGACGCUUUCAAGAAGAAGAGCUCCUAGGUCAAGAUCUGUGGAACCUCUCGGUAAUUUUCGCGGUGAAUGCAAAAGAGAUUGAUACUAGAAGAGCCAGAAGCCCAAAGACAGCUAAACAUGUUUUUAUUAAGUGCAAUAAUAUUAAUACUUUUUAUUUGGCCAAAGGCAAUCACUUACAUUUUAGAAUUAUUUUCAUAGUUAUUAGGAGUACCUACGUGGUACUUGUGCCUAACUGUAUUUCAAAGGCAGAUCACGUAGAGUCGAUAUAAAUUAAUGACAUGCUGGUAUUCUUCUUCAUUCGUCGAAUGACUAAAUAUUGUACACAUUGCAUUAAUAGCUUUACAAGAGUAGAAUGUAUAAUAAUAUAAUAUGCGAACAUUAAAUGUUAUAUUCCUACUUUCAUAAAUUAUUAUUCAUUCAUGUGUCGAUAUUUUAUCAUAAAUUGUAUAAUGUGACUAUAAUAAGACUGUACGUAAUAUCUACUAAGUUGUAAGUUUAUCAUUAGGUAUAUCCCGAUAGAAAUGCUAGAUCUCGUUAUUUCUGUAAUUUGUUUGUAUUCAAAUAGGUGCUAAAAUAUGAUUAUGGCGUUCACCUUAACUUAUAUUAUAUCCGACAUGACUAAAGUACAUACACUGCACUUCUUAAUACUAUAAUAAAUAGACUGAUAUUUCAAUUUUCUAUACUUAAUAAUUAUUUGUACCUAUAUUCGCAACCAAAGCUUAGUGAUUACGUGGGUAAUAUUUAAACAAUUUAAAAUACAAACUUCUUUACUAUACUUAUAUACUACAAAUCGCCGGUUAUUGAUAUCAGCGAAUCUGCUCCGUCCAAUAAAAUUGUUAAAAAGGUCAAUUAUUCCGUAUUUUGAUGAUUGGCAAUACACAUCGAGCGAAGGAACGUUUAUACAAAUUCGAAAUAAAACGAACCAUACCAUCCAGAACGAUCGAAAUUUGAUAUACAUAGUCUAAAAUUAAUUCAUGAACAGUAUUGUUAAAGCGUAAUUAAUUGUUUUGUAAAUAAAUUAAGGAUACCUCUCGAUGCUUCCACACUUUUAGUUGAAAAUAAAACAUUUAU